GUCAUCUUCGAGUGUGACGUCACAACACCGAUCAGGGCUCCUGGCUUGAUCCCAAACGCGAAAACGAAGUCUCGACAAAAUUAUCUUCUGAUUUCUCACUACCACUUCAUCUUUAGGGAGGAGCUUAUAUAUUUGAGAAGCUAAACAGUUCUCCUACACUUUCCUUUACCGCAAAAGCACUUGAACCAUGACAUCCUGCGCGAAAGCUCUCCAGAUAUGGUCGGAGAAGAACGACGGCGCGAACCCCGAGGAGGCAGAGGCGGUCGCGUUGUUGUGCCUGAUCCCACCAAUCAACAAGAUGGACUCGUCGCUUAACGGCCUCGUAAACUGCAAACGAUUGUCCCUGUCCACAAACGCCAUCGAUAAGAUGAUCUCGCUGCCAGGACUCAAAAACCUGGUCAGGUUAUCGCUCGGAAGAAACCAAAUCAAGAAGAUACAAGGUAAAUUUUUGUGUUGUAGAUGGAGCGCUUAAUACAACACAUUUAUUUUCAACUCACAAGUACAGCAGAGAACGAGAAGAUGAAGAAUGAGAAAGAAGCAGCUCUCUUGCAGUGUCAUGCAAGAAGUUGAAAUCAUAAUCAACGAAAAACACACCCAGGUCUCGAAGAGGUCGGUGCCACGUUGGAAGAGCUCUGGAUAUCCUACAACCACAUCUCAACGCUGGACGGUCUGCAUCCCUGCGUCAAGCUCCACACACUUUUCAUCUCGAACAACAAGAUCAAACAGUGGGAAGAACUCGCAAAACUGCAGCAGCUCCCAGACUUGGGCAACCUGCUGUUAGUCGGGAACCCCAUCUACGACGGUAUGACCAAGAAGGCCGCCGCACCGCAGGUGCUGAAGAUCCUGCCAACGCUGAAAACCUUGGACGGAGAGAUGGCCGGGCUCGACAGCGGGGACUCAACCGCCGGAAAUGUCCGGGAUGCAGGUAUUGACUUAGGUUUUCGUUCGAAAAAGUACGAUUACGCUGUGACGCAUAGUAGAUAAAGAAUCAACAUGACAGGUUUUCUGCUUGUAGUUGUGCAUACCCCUCCGAAAGCAGCAAGUAUUUUCUGUCAUGCAAAAACACCAUGCGAUACUUUACUACAGUCGGCGGCAACUUCGACGACGCGGUGGCUUCUCUGGGUAUGGACCUGUCCGCGGCCAUGGACAAGGGUGCGUUUGUCGGUGCUUUGACCGGGCUCGGCGUGUCCGGCGACGACGCCGAAGCGCUCUUCGACGCGGUGGCUUCGGGCGGCAACGCAACCUUGGAAGCCGCAGCGGACUACGUGGCGAACAACUAA